AUGCCGAUUUUGAGAGAGGAGCAAGAUAAUGCUGGUUCGAACGGGAAAGAUGACGGAGAGCAUUCCGAUGAAGAUGAGGCUAAUGAGGAUGACAAUGAUAUGUUGAUCAAAGAAUGGGAGGAGAAUGAAACUGAAGACAAUGAUGAUCAUCAAGUUGAGGAUAAUGAUGAGAAUCGGGCUGCCUCCUCAGAUGAUCCUGGUGAAGUCGUUGAUUGUGGUGCACAAUACGAUGAUGACUGUGAGAAUGCUAAUGAUAGCUUUAAAGAUGAUGACAUUGAAAAUGCAGAUGAUUUCGAUGAUUAUGACGAGAAAGUUAGGGAGGAUGAUCAAAAUCCUGGUUUAGAGGGGGAGGGGCAAGAUGUUACUGGUUCGGAGAAGGAUGAGCAAGAUGUUGCUGGUUCAGAGAAGGAGUAA